CGUCAGUGCAGGCAUUCCCUGAGUUUCGUUUCCUAGAAUCAGGAUACAGCCUGCCUGACGAGGAGCUAAACGCAGCAGCUAUCGGACAUUCCUUCAGCAUUACCAAUGGUGUCAUAGCUUUCGUAGAUAAGUAGCCACUGCGCGCGCGUUUUGACGCUAAUUGGCGUCCAGAGUUUUCGUUUUUUACGAUUUCCUUGCCCGCAUUAGUUAGUCUGUUCGGAUCAGAUUCUUGGGUAAGCUGAGGCUUGCUCUUGAUCCAGUAUUGAACUAGAUUAUGCAGCUGACCAGACACCCUUACUACUAAUCUAAAGACUAAAACCAUGGGGUUGGAAGAUUACCACGUGAUAGAACUAGUAGGCGAGGGUUCGUUCGGCAAGGUCUACAAGGGGCGACGAAAGUUCACUGGUCAGAUGACGGCGAUGAAAUUCAUUCUGAAGCACGGGAAGAGCGAGAGGGACAUCAAGAACCUGCGUCAGGAGAUCGAGAUUCUCCGGAAGCUGAAACACGAGAACAUCAUCGAGAUGCUCGAUGCCUUCGAGACCCCGCAGGAGUUCUGCGUCGUUACGGAGUUCGCACAGGGCGAGCUGUUCGAGAUUCUGCAGAAUGACCAGGCGUUACCCGAGUCCCAAGUCCAGGUCAUUGCGAAGCAGCUGGUGCGCGCGCUGUACUACCUGCACUCGAACCGCAUCAUCCAUCGCGACAUGAAGCCGCAGAACAUCCUGGUGGGCGCGGGCGGCAUCAUCAAGCUCUGCGACUUCGGCUUCGCACGCGCCAUGUCGUGCAACACCAUGGUGCUCACGUCCAUCAAAGGCACGCCCCUGUACAUGGCGCCGGAGCUGGUGCAGGAGCAGCCGUACAACCACACGGUGGACCUGUGGUCGCUGGGCGUCAUCCUGUACGAGCUGUACGUGGGGCAGCCGCCCUUCUACACCAACUCCAUCUACACGCUCAUCAACCACAUCAUCAAGGACCCGGUGAAGUACCCCGACGCCAUGAGCGCGAGCUUCAAGCACUUCCUGCGCGGGCUGCUGAACAAGACCCCGCAGAGCCGCCUCACGUGGCCCGCGCUCCUGGAGCACCCCUUCGUCAAGGAGACCGCCGAGGAGAUCCAGGCGCGGGAGGAGAGAGCGCAGAAGGCGAUGGAGCGAGCGUGCAGGGCAGCAUGGCAUGCGAGGGCCAGCACCUUCCUCCCCCACCCGCUCAUGCCCUCAGCAGCCAAAGAAAACGCCAGCGCUCCACCAGACGCCAAGGUGGCGCCAGCAGCAGGAGGCACAACCCCCGUGCCAUGCCCCCCGGGCAAGAAGGCCCGUGAGCUGCCCCUGCGCAACAUAGAGGCUCGCGCCACCCCCCAGAACCUCAUGCAGACCAAGACCCCCGCCCAGCCUGCACACCCCGCACAGCAGCAGCAGCAGCAGCAGCAGACACAGGAGCAGCAGCGGCAACCGCAGCAGCAGCAGCAGAGGCAGCAGGGGGAGGAGGGGCCGAGAGGGGCGAGAGCAGCACGGGCAGCAGAGGAGAUGCCGCCGCCUGCACAGCCGCCAGCCACAGGGAAGAGCCGGCUGCUGAGGCGCCUGGAGGUCAUCCGAUCAUUCCUCUCUAAGGCUCCCUCUGCAUCCCCUGACUCGGUAGCAGCAGCUCAGAACGCCCUGCUCUCCCUCGCCUCCCUAGUCACCGACCGCCAGCCCUCCGACCCUCCUCUGGACGUGCGCUGCCUGCACUACGACGUGCUCCCCGCCGUCCUAUCCCUGCUCGACACGUGUCUCACGGAUAGAUCCGCCCGUCUGCAGUCUCUGCUGUGCCCCGCCCUGGCCCUGCUGCGCUGCGCCUUCGCCCUCCGCGCCUCUUAUGCCUCCCAUGCGGGGAAGGAAAAGGAGGGGCAGGGCAAGGGGAGAGGGACAGGUGGAGGGGGAAAGAAGAUCGAGGAGGGGGAGUGGGAUCGGGAGACGGAGGGGGCUUUCCUGGAGAAUGCACUCUCGUUUGUCAAGACAUACCCCAAGCUCUUGGAGGGGCCAGCCCAGCAGUCAGCCCAGGCAUGCCACCUCGCCACCGCCUCUCUCACCCUCCUCCUCGCCGCCUCCUCUGCUGCCGUCCGCGCAGCCUGCCUCCCCGGCCCCUCUCCCGCCACCCCCACCGCCACUGCCCCACCUUCCACCGGCUCACAGCGACAGCAGAAACAGGGGGGUAGCACUAGGGACAGGAACGCACGGGGCACACAGGGAGCAGCAGCAGCAGCAGGAGGAGGAGGAGGUAGAGGAGGGACAGGAGCAGGGCCGGGCAGUGUGAGCUAUGUUGAUACCGAGAUUCUGACCUGUGCGCAGGCAGCAGGUGUGACAGAACACAUGGCGCGCUGCAUCGCUCUCUCAGGGAAGGGGCUUUCUUCUGCUGCCCGGGAGCAUGACAGAGGGGGCGGACGAGGGGGGACUGCUGCCCGAGGUGCCGGCCGGGCAGCUGAAAAGAUUGACCCAGAGGAGGUGGGGGAGUGGCAGCAGGCGAGUCUGCAGGCGUUGCUGGGGAUCUGGGCAGCUGUGGAAGGAAUGGAGGCAGCCAAUGGGGAGUGGAGCAGUGGGGACAGAAAGGGGUUCCCUCUGGCAGUAAUGCUCGGCACUGCUCCAGGGUGGGAGGGCGUGGAAGGGAUAGGGAAGAAGGGAGGGAAGCUGAGGAGGGCGCUAGGAGAGAAGCUAGAGAAGGGGAGGUUUGUGGGAGAGAGGCUUCUGCGGCGAGUAGUAGAGGUGAUUAUAGGGAAUGGAGCGAGCGCGAGCGCGGCUAUAGCUGCGGCGUUAGAGAUGGUGGAAGGGAAUGAUGUGCUGCUUCCGAGACUGCUGCAGCUGCUGCUGCGCUGCUGCCUCUUCUCCCCCUCCUUCUGCUGCUUUAUCGCCCGUGCCCCCAUCCCUAAUGCUCCUUUCCCCGGCCAUGAUGGGAGUAUUGUGUCUGGAGGGGGAUCUGACUCCCUCCUUGCUCCCAUCUUCUCCCUCCUCCACUCCUCCCACACUCCCUCUCCCGCUGCUAUGGACGACGUGCUUCAAUGCAGCGUCCAGGCGGCGUUGGCUUGUCUGGUAGUGGCUGCUGUGGCGGAGGGGUUAGGGUUGAGGGGUCUCCAGGGCGGCAAGUGGGUGCUGACGUCAGACUCUCAGGUGCAGGAAGCCAGGCUGGCAGUUCUAGGGAGACUGGCAGGGGAAGGUGGAUUAGGGGAAGGUGCACCUGCAACUGAGGGCAGGGAUGGGAGAGAGGGAGGAAGAGCUGGUGUCGCAGCUGGUGGUAGAGCGAGAGGAGCGAGGAGCGAAGCACAGCAGCAGCAGCAGCAGCAGGGGGUGGGGCCGGGGCGGCCGUCAGCAGCAGCAGCGGCGCUGGCCAUGGCAGUAAUUAUGGAGCUCGAGCUAGCGCAGUCAGGGGAGCGACGGGGCUCCUUUGGAGGCGGGUCGUGGGGAGGCAGCAGGGCGUCGUUUGGCGGGACCCCUGGGGGCGGCCUAGCAGACGGGUCCGACUCUUCAAACAUAUCCGAUCUGGUCCUGAAGCACCUCCCUUCCCUUGCUCUCAUCUCCUCUAAGCUCCGAGUCUCUCACACUCUGACCUACUCUAAAGCCACAGAGGGUUUUGGGGUGUGUAAUGGAGGGUGGGGGGAGCUGUGGGGGGGCGCGGGGAGGGUGGUGGGGCGGUGGCACGGCGUGAGGGACGGGUAUGUGGGCAUGCUCACUGUCUCUCUGCGCCUGGGGGGCCCUCAGGCGGUAGAGAAGGCGCUAGCGGAUGGGCUGCUGGUGUCUAUGAUGAGUGUGCUAGGGGGAGGCGCGGGAGGGGGGAAAGGAGGAGGCGGAGGGGGGAGGGGCGGAGUUGGGGAGGCGGUUGAGGGGGAGAGGGCGGCGUGGGUGGCGGGGGGGAGGGGGUGCUCGCCUCCGGACCACGUGGGGCUGUCUCCUACGGGCGUCAUGUGGCUGCUGGCGGGCCUCUACAUGUGUCUGCCUGCUGGUGGUUACAGAGACGCCCUCAUAGGCCCUGACCCCAUCGACAUCCUUCUGAAGCUUCUCGGAACCUUCCACCUGGCGCACCUGCAGGCGUGGGACAACAGCCAGGGCGGACCGUGGGGAGAGAUGCAGCUGGCGCAGGGGGGGGAGGGCGGAAGGGGGGGCGCAGAGGGCGCUGGGAGAGGCGGGGGAGGUGGGCGAGGGGGAGGGGCAGGGGAGGUCGGGCAGUUGUGGGGGGAAGCAGGGUGGGUGAUGGAGGGUAGUCUAGAGGGGGUGGCGCAGCCGCUGUCACUGGAUAUGGUGGUGGAGCUGGUGUGUGGGGUAGUAGACGUGCUGCUCUUCCCCUUCCAUGCUGUCGUCGCAGGGGACGCCAUCGGGGGAGCCAGCAGUGCAGGCGCCACCAGUGUUGCCCCUGCUGCUUCGGGAGUUAGUGGGGCGGCGGGCGGCAGCAGCGGCAGGUCGGGUGGCAGUGGGGGGGAGAUGGACGAGCUGUCACGGGCGCUGCUGGUGCUGCAGCCUCAGUACCUGCAGAUGCUGCAGGAGUCCCCGGCCAUCCCCACACUGCUCUCAUCUCUACAAGUCCUCCAGGGCCCCACACUCAUCGGCCCCAUCAACCUGCUCUCGCGCGUGGCGCACCACUCGCCCGCGGCUGCGGCGCUCUUUGUGCGGCACGGGGGGCUGGACCCCGGGCUCAUGGGGAAGCUCUUCGGCAUGGAGGAGCCAGAGGAGGGCGAGGGGGAGGAGGCCGGGGGAGCGGAGGGCGAGGAGGGGCAGGGUAUGUGAUGGAGGUGGUGAUGGAUGUUCUGCUCAUUGUCUCGCACCUCUCUAGGCUCUCUGAGGACUACUACGAGCCCAUCGCAACAGCUGACAUCUACGGCGCGCUGGAGGUGUUCCUUGCUCACCCCGAUGCUGGCGUGCGCUCCAAGGCCUGCAAUGCUGUGGGCAACAUGUGCCGCCACUCCGCCUACUUCUACCCCAUCAUGGUAGACUCGGGGAUUCUGUCUCGCCUGAUAGAGUGCUGUGCUGACCACGACAGAAACACGCGCAAGUUCGCCUGCUUCGCUAUUGGCAAUGCAGCAUACCACAACAGUUCGCUUUAUGGCGCCCUUCGCCCGGUCAUCCCACACCUGGCAGUGCUGCUAGCAGCCGACAGCGGGCCGCCUAGCAGUAGCGACGACAGAUCAAGGCCAAUGCUGCCGGCGCGCUGGGCAACAUGGUGCGCAACUCAGGGGAGCUUUGCCAAGACCUCAUCUCACAAGGGGCGCUGCAGGCUUUGGUGGAUUUGGUUGUAACUGGAACCAGCCAACAACCUUCACGGAGAGAGGGAGGGGAGUCUCAAUCACCUGUAAAGAUUGCCUUGUUUUCCCUCGGCAACAUGUGCUCACAUUCUGUGUGCCGCGAGUACCUCCGGUCGAUAGACAUCUUCCGCAUCCUACACAGACUCAAGCGAUCAGGAGACAUGACAAUAGUGAAGUAUGCCACUCGCAUUCUUAGCAAGUUUCCUGAAAUGCGAGCACACUAGUGCCUUCCUAAGGCAAUAGGCCGUAUUCAUAGUGCCAUUCUAAGGCUUGAAGUGAAAGGGUCAGUUCAGUUUAGAA